AUGAAGGUUAUGUUAUGGAUACUACACCUAUUCAAAAUAAACAUCAUACAAAUAAUAGUAAAUAAUGCCCGCAAUCCAUCAAUUAGUCUACAGUACAUUGAUAGCUCAAUUUUCAGUAAAGCAAGUCGGUGUGCUCCAGCCGAACCAGUGAACGGGAGUGGAGUAUAUGCGGAGAAUUACUACUGGAGUAAUAAUGUUACUGAUAUUCCAGAAGAGUUUAUAUAG